CCAUUUUGAGGUUGAAGUACCAGAAACAUUUCAUAUUUUGCGUAACUAUCUCUAAAUAUACAAAACUGUAACAUAAACAUUCAAUCAAUCAUUUUAUAAGUGGAAGAAUAAUGAAUUUUAAUCAACCGCCACCUCUGGGCAACGGACUUUCCCAAAUGUCGCAACCCGUUCCCGGUCAACAGCAACAACAACAGCAACAACAGCAGCAGCAGCAGCAACAACAACCAGGUAGAGGUAUGCCCAUAACACCCCAAUUUCUUGCUAGCCUUACACCACAACAAUUACAACAAUUCAAGAGCCAUCCACAAUUCCAAGAAAUAAUGAGGGCCCAGCUUCAAAGACAACGGAUGAUGCAACAAGCAUCAAUGCAGCAACAGCAACAACAACAGCAACAGCAGCUACCACAACAACCGCUUCCAAACCAACAACAACCACCUCAACCACAUCUACAACAACAAAUACCUAUUGGAGGUCAAGCACCAUUACCUCAACCACCAUCACAACGUUUAUUAAACCAAAAUAUUCCAGUUCAAGGUUUGCCUGGUCAACGUCCACAGUUUGCUGGUCCUGGUCAAGUUGUACCUCCACCAGGACUUCCCAAUCAUAGUCCACCAAUGCAAGAUAGAACGGGUGCACCUAUAACUGGAGUUGUUCCUGAUAUACCAAGAGAUCCCAAUUUACCACCUCAGUUCCCACCUGAAGUUCUUGCUAAAUUGCCGAUGAGAACAUUAACUAGUUUAAAUGAAUGGUCAGAUUCACUUCAAAAAGAAGGUAAAGAUACACCAUCUGAUGUUAAGUUAUACGAAUCAUUAAUCAAAAAGGAUGCUAGUUAUCUUAAUGCUAUUUCAGGCCAGAUUGAAAAGGAUAAAUCACAAUUAGGUCGUAUAUCAAAAGAUUUACAAGCCUAUUCCCAUGUUAAGCAACUUCGAAUGAAUGCCAUUAAUCUUUCUCAAAAGAAUCAAUUUAAUAACUCUAUUUGGGGCGAAGGGUAUCAAGGUUACGCCAAUGGUAUAAGUAAUACAGCUACUAAAGUAUUGUUUCCAGAUCGUGAUUUAACUGACCAACAAAUUAUUACUAAAGUUGCUAAAUAUACUGAUAAACCAAAACAUUAUGUACCUAUCAGAUUAGAGUUUGACGUUGAAAGAGAUAGAUUUAAGUUAAGAGAUACAUUUUUAUGGGAUUUAAAUGAAGAAGUUAUGUCGGUUGAAGGAUUCACUAGACAAAUAUUGGAAGAUUACAAAUUUAUUCCUAAAGUGUUUUAUGAUACUAUUUUGUCAUCAAUUAGAGAGCAAAUUAAUGAUUAUCAAAAGAAACCACAAAAAACAUUUGGAGAAAUUAGAAUUCCAAUUAAGUUAGAUAUUACUAUUAAUAAUACUCAACUUACUGAUCAAUUUGAAUGGGAUAUUUUAAAUUAUGCUGAAAAUGAUCCUGAAGAUUUUGCUACUUGUAUGUGUGAUGAAUUAAAUUUACCAGGAGAGUUUACUACUGCUAUUGCUCAUAGUAUACGAGAACAAGCUCAAUUAUAUCAUAAGGCAUUACAUUUAGUAGGUCAUAAUUUUGAUGGCAGUCCAAUUCAUGAAGAUGAAAUCAGAAGUCAUUUAUUACCAUCUCUUCGAUUAGUAUCCCAGGAUUAUAAUGUGGUUGAUGAUUUCUUUUCAAUAUUAAGAAAUCCUACUAGUGUAGCUGAUUAUAGUCCAUCAUUAAUUAAAUUGACACAAUUAGAAGUUGAAAGACUUGAGAAAGAAAUUGAAAGGGAAAGUCGUCGUAAAAGAAGACAUUUACAGACUGAACAAGAACAAUUACAAAAUACAACUAGUAGAGGUACCACAUCAAGAAGAAUUGCUUCACAUGCUGGAAGAGGUGGACCAAUAUUACCUGAUUUAUCCGAUUUACCAAAAACAUUCAGAACUCCAGCCCCUUCAAGUAUUUUACCAGGUGGAGUUGAUUUAGGAGUUCCCGAUAUUUAUGAAUACAAUGAAAUUUAUGUUAGUAAAUCUCAAGUUAAAAAUCCUGAUUAUAUACCACCACCUCCACCACCAGCACCAACGAUUGUAGAAACUGAAAGAGUAUUUUACAAUCAUGAUGUUGCUACAGGAACGUUUAUACUUACCAUUAGACACAGAAGAUAGAAUAAUUAUGUAUUAUAUUUUAAUAAAAAAAUAAUUUUAAAAUAAGUUUUGGACUUGUGCACAUGGGAGAACCAUGGAUAAGUGAUCCGGUUUAAAAUACGAGAUAAUUAAAAUCAAAACGAUAGAUGGUUAGGUUCUAAACCCUCUUAUGAAGUAUUCUUUUGCAGAAUUAAUUCUGAUUAUCGCUAAACAUGCAAUCUAAACCUUAUAAGGAUUUACCCCAAAUAAUAUACGAAUAAUACCAUUUACUUUGGAUAUAAUACCAAUUAGUCUUUACAAUGUGGUAGU